AAAGAUUUGAGAUUACUCAAGGCCUUGGGAUUAAGAAUAGUUCCGAGCUUUCUCAAGUUGGCUACGACUUGUUUGGGAAAGGGAUUGGUAAAUCUGUCUUUGGUCAACGGCUUUCUCAAUUCGCUUCAAGUAGUCUCAUUGUGCUUGCAAAGCCGUCUCGAGGUCCUGUCUUUCCUCGCGGCCUAGACCAAAACCACCGCUCGGAGCAUAGCCAUACUUCCGUAAAUCAAAAUAUCAACUUAACUUGUCAACAUUUAAAUUCCUUUGCUUGGCUUUUUCCUGUAGAGUCUGGUAAUUAUCCUCACGCAAACUUCCACCAACCAACUCCCCAAUUUCCGGAAAUAACAAAUCAAAACAGGCUGCUAUUUUUUUUGGUAGAAAUUGAUGAAACUUAUUUGGGAGUGUUGGUAAUGGAAGAGAGAGGUGGCAACGCAAUCGCCCAAGUAGCGUCUGAUGUUAAACAAAAAACUUUGGAACCAAUAAUUAGAGCCAAUAUUAAAGAAGGUGCUAAUGUUUUUACUGAUGAAUGGCGUGCUUACAACAAUUUGGGAAAAUGA